UCAUAUCCCAACCGCCGCAGCGCAGCCAACUUCGUCAUUGGAGGCCAGUUGGAUUCCCACGGCGAGCCUCUUUGGUGGGAUGUCGAAGCUCCCGCAAGGCUCCGCCCGUAUCCUAGGGCGCUUCACCCGCCGCGCGACACGAUGAAUGGCGUUAUCGAGGCGCUGCACAUCUACGAUGAUGCGCGGUGGGUUCUUUCCCUUCCAUACCACUCCAGUCCAAUCCUCUCACACACGUAUACCGGCCGCCCGCUGGAGGCCGCACACCUGCUCCCCCUCUACCUCGAGCAUCCUGCCCCCCAACCGAGCCUCAUCCACCUCCCCAACACGAAUCCUCCGACGCUCAUCUUCAGCCUGACACAUGCCAACCUCCUGCUGCUUGCCACCUCGUCGGCCGAGAUCGAGCCCCUCCUCGUCCUCGAGUUCCUGCAUCGCGUCGUCGACACCCUCGAGGACUUUCUCGGCCCGCCGCUCCUGGCCGUCAAGAUCGAGAACAGCUAUGAUGUCGUAGCCCAGCUUCUCACCGAGAUGUGCGACGCCGGCAUCGUCAGCACGACCGAGCCCAACGCUCUACACGAGGUGGUGGCUGUGGAGGGCUGGGUUGGGAAGCUCCUAGGCAGCAUCAACUUACCUGGGAAAACUCCGUCAAAUCCUAACCUAGCCGCGCUGGCCAAUCCGUCCCUCUCAGCAUCGAGUGCUCCCGCCGUCCCCUGGAGGCGAUCCAACGUGCGCCACACGUCCAACGAAAUGUACGCCGACGUGGUUGAGACGCUCUCCGUAACCCUCGCGCCGUCGGGCCGUCCCCUCGCGGCCUUUGCCAACGGCACCAUUGCCUUCAACUCCAAGGUGUCGGGCGUCCCCGACAUCACCGUUUCCCUGACUAGCUCCGCGGGCAAGCACAACGUCGGCAGCGUCAUGGAGCUUCCCGUCUUCCACCCGUGCGUGCGCCUGAACAGGUGGAGGGAGCGUCCCGGCGAGCUGAGCUUCAUCCCGCCCGACGGCCGCUUCAUCCUGGCCGGGUACGAGGUCGACCUCCUCCCCUUUACCGGCAGCAAGAGCGCCAACAACAGCGCCAACAACCUCAAGCUGCCCGUCAACUUGGAGAUCAAGACGGGCCUGGGCACGUCGGGCUCCGAGUUCGAGGUCCGCCUGCAGGCGAACAGGGUGCGCGGCUCGACGGGCGGUGCACCGCCGUCCGGCCAGCUCGGCAGGGGGGGUUAUCACCCAGGGACGCCCUCCGCCCCGCUGCUGGAGGACCUGACACUCACGAUACCUCUGCCCGCCGACGUGCGCAACCUGUCGGACAUACGACCCAGCAAGGGCGACGCCAGCUUCAACCCGGGUGACAAGGUGCUGGAGUGGCACGUGCCCGCCAGCGCGAUGUCGGGUCCGACGAGCUACUUCAGCCUGCGGUGCAGCGUAGUUGGCCCGCCGACGGCAGACGACGUCGACGGCAGCGGCGCAGAUAUGGACACCAACGGCUUCGGCCUCGGUACAGACUACUCCUACAACGAACCGUACCAGAGCGGUGGCGGCAGCGAUGCUGCCACUGCGGCUGCCAAGAAAGGCGGCGACAUGGGUGGUGACGGCAACGAUGAGAAGGAUGCCAGAAAGAUGGAGCAGAACAAGAUCCUCAUGCCCAGCUCGGCAUCCGUCAGCUUCUCGAUAAAGGGCUGGCUGGCUAGCGGACUCAAGGUUGAGAGCAUCCUGAUUGACACGAGGAAGAGUCGUGGGCUGGGCGAGGGUGUCAAGCCGUACAAGGGCGUCAAGUAUCUCACUGUUAGCCAAGGAGUGCAGAGAGUGGGCAUGCUCACUCCAUGGAUCGACGCCUUCCCAUCGAUAGCCAACGAGACGAUUGACGAGAUAGACUCGGUAGUAGGGUACAAGCUGUCUGCCGUGAUACAGAGAGGGACAUCACGGGAGCUGACGCGGACGACGCGGUCGCAGCCGGCCAUCAUGGCGACGUCGAUACUGAUACUGCGGGUCCUGGAGCGGGGGUUCGGCUUCCGGGUGCCGGACCACUUCGACUUCACGCUGGGGCACUCGCUGGGCGAGUUCGCGUCGCUCGUCUCGGGCGGGUACAUGAGCUUCCAGGACAGCCUGCGGCUGGUGCAGCGGCGGGCCGAGGCCAUGUCCGACGCCACCCGGCGGGCCGUCGACAGCUACGGUGGCGAGUACGGCAUGGUGGCCAUCGUCACGGAGCCCGAGUACCUGCAGCCGCUGAUCCGGGCCAUCGAAGAGUUUGUCGGUCGGUCCAGGACGGGGGCGGGCGGCGCCGAGGGGGGCGAGCUGGCACCCAUACAGCAGGUCCUCAUCGCCAAUGUCAACAGCAAGAACCAGAUCGUCUUGAGCGGGUGCAUAGAGCGCAUACGCACGCUCGUCACGCACGUGCGCCAGUUCCUGGGCCACGACCCCCGCGCCGUGCGGCUGCACAGCGACAGCCCCUUCCACAGCCCCAUCAUGCGGCCCGCCGUGUCGGUCGUGCGCAGGCUCCUCGACGGGCCGAGCGUGACGGACCCGGCCGCCGGCAUCGUCGCCUUCCCCGGCCUGGUGCCCUGCGUCAGCAACGUCACCGCCAGGCCGUUCCGGAGCGCCGAAGAGCUCAAGAACCUCGUGUCCAGGAGCUGCCUGGAGACGGUGCGCUGGUGGGACAGUAUCAGGUACCUCGACCAGGAGGAGAAGGUGCGCAGGUGGGUGGGCAUCGGACCGGGCAAGGUCGGGCGCAACCUCGUCGGCAAGGAGGUCGGUAUGAGGGGCAAGGAUCUCGUCAAGGGGGGCGGCGUCUGGGCCAUUACUGCGCCAGCGGAGAUUGAGGAGACCAAGCUUCAACCUCUCCUUUCCCCCACACUCAAACCCUCCAUCCGACACGCAGCCACCACCAUGACGACCUCUAUACCAUCCAUCGCCUGUCUAGGCGUGAUCGGACGCAACAACAACCCCCUCCACAUGUCCACGUUCCCAUCCUACGACGCGUCGACCAACUCCUUUGCCCCGAUCCGCACCCCCCUGGAAUUCUCCCUUCUCCUCUCGUCGACCAUCGACAUCUUCGACCUGCGCUCCCGGCACAACGCCGCCGCGGGCGUCGGUCUCUCGGGGGACAUGGGCCUCCUGCAUGCCGUCGACGACCGUCUGGCCGCCUACGGCUUCGAGACAAACACGGGCGUGAGGCUGGUGUGCGUGGUUGACAUGCGCGGCAGGAGGGCCGCCACGGCCGCCACCUUAGCCUCGCCUGGCCUCGGCAGCGGGGGCGGCGGGGCUGGCAACGGCGGGGUCGGCAGCGGCGCCACCGCUCGUCCCGGCCUGCGUGAUGCAGAGCUCAAGCCGGUGUUUAGGGCCAUGCAGGCAGCCUACAUCAGGCUGCUCCAGAACCCAUUCUACGACCCGGAUCUGCAUGCGCCUCUGGGCGGAGGCGCGGGUAAGACAAUUACUAGUAAGAAGUUUACCGAGGAUGUGAGGAGGAUAGGGGAAGGGUGGACGCCCGGGGUGACGAGCUUGUAA